GCGCCUGAAGCUUUCAGUUUUGAAGAGAGUCGUUCGUGGCAUGGCGAGCACUUUAUAGUUAAAGCGAUGGUUAUAAGUUAAAAAUCAGCUUUGCAAAGCUCCAGGGACUUUGCGCGAUGGCCACCAGCAAAAUUGUGAAUGGUAUCGCAAGCCAGGCGGCCGAGGCGAAAAAGAGAAUGACGAAAGAGGACGACGAAGGGUAUACUCAUGAAGUUUAUCAAUAUUACGCGCAAAAUUCGCGAAAAUUUACGUGAAAAUAAUUUGUAAUUUAUUAUCGGCGUCUCAUAAGGGGUUAAGAAUUUCACAGGUCUUAAAUCUCGUGCUAGCCUGCUGGGUUGUAGUGUGUGUUUAAAUCAUUGUGACUGUGUACGUGUGUUGUUACGCUUCAUGCAACUCUUUAUGUGAAGUUGUUUCGAAUGCGUGGCGCCGUACCACUUUCUAGCUUUCUUGUCAACUUCCCCUUCUCUUUGUCUUCCGUUCACAGCAAACUCUUCGUGGGCGGACUCAGCUACGAAACCACUAAAGGUACCUUGAAUUUUUUACUUUCAAUUUUUUAAUUUUUUUUUCUACCAAAUGUGAAAAUACACAUCAGAGAAAGUUGUAUAUUUCUUAUGUCUGGGGAAACCAGGUGUCGAGGAGGUUGUUUACGACCUGCCGUUAAAACUCUUCUUCCAAUUUCAGAAACUUUGACGGAUUAUUUUAAUACUUUUGGUGAAGUUGUCGGUGUUGAAAUAAAAAUGGAUGCAUUGACGGGUCGCUCAAGGUUAGUUUUACCUUUACUUUGUAUUUUUACUAUUGUCAAUCGAAACUUCAGCUGAGCUCAUGUACUAGGCAAGUUUGUUAUAAUUUUAAACCGACAAUGUAUUCUUUUGUAGUCGAGCCCACGUGCUCGACAUCUCUCAGUUUACAUAUAUAAUGUAUGUAGGAAUCAGCUUUACUUUUCGCGGCUUCGUGUGACAAUACACGUUUUUCUUUUGUCUGGCUCUUGAAAUUUCAUAACGCUUCGGAGAAUGGCUGCUUAAAUUUUCACGAAUUUGUGAAAUAAAAGCAAUUGACCAAAUACAGUAAGGAAAUAGGCGACUGAUCGACGGGUUUUCUCUUUUGGUUUUAAACAAUUCAAGUAAAAAGAACAGUCCUAUAAAAGACCACCGGUGUCUAAUGUUCGAUAUAAACAACCCCCUGUAGCGAAAUAUUUUUCGCGGUCAUUUUGUAGCAUAAACAUUCGCACGACUUUGUAGAAGCACGCCAUAAGCGCAUAAGGAAAUUAAUGGAUGAUUCAAGAGGACUCGAGAAAGGCGCCAGCAAUUGUUGUUUUGACUGACAGAAUUUCUAAAUCUAUAUUCUAUGGCUUGCGCCUGCUGAUGUUAGGCGAAACUCAGCUAAAUUUACAAUAUGUUUGUGAACGGGAAACAUAUUAUAAAUGGUCGUUGAACUGUAAAAGUUCAUUCUUAAUCUUUUAAUGGUGUUCUUUGCUCGCGCUUUCGUGUAAUUGACACUUGUCAGUGAAUUCGAACUCUUAUUGUUUGUUUUCUCUCAUUUCAGAGGGUUCGCAUUUGUACAAUUUAAGGAUCCGAAACAAGCAAACGCGGUACGGUGUAAACUCUAUCAUAACUUAGGCCAUAAAUAGCUCAUAAAGUAUGAGGUACUGUACUUUAGAAUUUAGUCCUUUGCACUAUUAUAUUCCCUAACAAUGCCUGCGUCAAGGACUCUGUUUCUAAUGGCUUAAGUUUAUUAUCCAACUAUCCGGAAAAACGGUGAGCAGGUUCAUUCUUUAGACAUUUGACUACCAGAGCCUCAGUGGUUACUGCUGAAUGGAACAUAACAACAGUAUUUUUAAGUACCGACUGACCAGUCAUUUCUUGACAAGAUAUCACACUAUAUAUUGGGUAACAAGCUCUGUCACAGAUGGUUGCAGAUCUAUAACCCGUUAACCAAUCAGACAAUUCUAUUGCGGACAUUAUAUUGCAUCUUGAAUGUGUUUAACAAUGAUUUAGCAGAAUUUAGCAGAAGUUUAUUCCCUCAGAUGUAAAGUCUUGAUCCAAACUGUAAACUGAUGAAUGCUAGUAAAUGCAAUAAAGUUCAUUCAUGAAUGCGAAAAACAUUUGCCAUCGUUUUCGAGGGGCAAAGUGCUAUAAUUGGUUGCAUGACAUGAGAGAAAAACAAGCUGAACUGCCAUAUUAAUAAAUAUGAGGUUUUGUAUUCCACAUGUUCAAAGUGCACUUAUUUAGAUCUCGUGAUGUUUUUUUUAACUUUCUUUUUCUUUGGUAAACUGUCUCAAUUAAGGAGCAGGUGAUGUUUUAGCUAAAUUACCAUAGGGCAAAUUAACAAGUUGAGCCCAUAAAAAUAGUGUCUGUUUACCCUGUGGCUAUCUAAAAUGUCUUGUUGUGACUUAGGAGUGAUUAAAAGUUGAUUUUAAUGACGAAAAUUUGAUGCCCACUUUUGUGAUAAACAGGAAGUGCUGGCAAAGGUUGCAUGAUAAGGAAGUUGGUGACAUGAAAAAUAUUGUGCUCAAUACUGAAUGAGACUUUUCUAAUCUAGUAUGAUUUAUAACAAAGCUGUUUGUCUUUACCAUUAAUGCUGAGUGUGAUUUUUUGUUAAGACUUGUAUUUUUUUGGUUCCAUCGUAUAGUUUUUGAAGUGGUAAUUAGAAUAAGAAAUCCACUGGUAAGAAUCAACAGCCAUGGCCCAUGUAUUUGUGUUGGGUAAAUUGCAUGUUUUUAUUGGUGGUAGAAAGCAAGAACACAAAUUGAAGUUCAAGUGGUGUUUUUGUAUGCUGUUAACUAGAGACCGAAUUUAGUUAUUGAAAGGUUAACCUUCUAUUCUUGUAAGUGAAGGGUCUCUUUAUACAAGUUAGCUGCUUAGUUUUUAAAUCUCACCCCACAGCUCCCUAAUUUGGACAAAUUAUUGUUUUUUCACGCAAGAAGGAGAUUGAGCUAAUGAAGCAGAUUCCUAUGACUAGCCUUGAAAUAUUCCUUUGACAUGUGAACUCUAUAGGUGGAUUAUAGCAUCGAAACUCAAAUUUAUUCCUUGUUCAUUAGGAAACUGAGCUUAAACUUCUUUUGUUACCUGUAAUUAGGCUGACGUCUCUGUGUGUUGACUGAGGACUAAGAUAAAGAUGCCAGUGAGAGAGUUAUUUUCGCUCUUUCAUGAAAGAUAUUUUUGUGUCUAUCGUGUGGUACUUCAUUUGCUGGUAGUGAUUUUUAGAUGCCUUGAGAACUUAGGGCAAUAGAAGUUACCACUGUAAGACUUUGAGGUUGAAUUACAAUUGAAUGAACAAAACAAAGAUGUUUAUUCUAAUGUACCACCUUCUCGAAUUUUCGUGUUUGUCGAUCUUGGAAAUCCAUCAAAAUUUCAAUGUAUAUGUGCUCUGAUGCAUGAUUUAAUUUAUUUCAGUGAUUGUAUCAUUUUGAUUUCAAGACAAUUUUGUGGAAUGAAAGUGAAUGAUGAACUUAAAAUUGCAUUUAGUCUAUCGUCAAAUACUAAAUUAUCAUCUUAUUAUCCGCCAAAUUGUUAUAAUUUUGUGCUUGCAAUUGCAUGAUCAGUUCCAUCAAGUUAAGUACCAUUGUUUUGAUUGGGUGGUGUUGAUCAGUUCUCAGUGUAGAAGGUUUCCUUUAGCUACUAUAUCAAGCUUCUUCGACAUUUUGAUUAAUGCCUCUCUCGUGAUCAAGGUUGGAAUCUUGCCACUAACUUUCAGUUAGGUUACUAGUUGCUUGAGUCUUUUACUUUAGUGGUAUUUAGAAUUCAAAUAGCCAUGAUAUGUUUCAGCCCAAAAAAUGUAAUUUUCAUCUGGUUUGAGAUUGGGUAUGGUAAGACUGAGGUGAAUUUAGACGCCUUUCCUUAAGUCAUGAAAACAAUAGACGCUCCAGCUAUGAUAGUAUUCUCAGACAUAUUUCUUGUUAUGUUAUCAUUUGGUGCAUUUUUCUUCCUAUUCAAGAGAUUAAAGUCUUUGAUAGCAUUUCUCUACAAGAAUCCAAGAUCAGUUAUUAUCAUUUUUGUAUAGGAAAAAAAAGUAUAUAUCCAAAAAUGGACUCUCUGAAAACCACCCAACAAUAUUAGCAGUGUCCCAGCAACAAAAAAUGUCAGCAAAAACAACCUCCAAGUUUUUAUUAGAUUUCAAUCUUGAAGAUUACCUCAGAGAAAUUGCAAUUAAAACCCCUAAUUAAGAAUCCCAUGAGCUCUUGUCAGCUUAUUCUGGCAGAAGAAAAAAGGGGAAAAGAGAGUUUGAAAUAAAUUGCAUUAGCAAAAAUCAUUCCUCGUGAUUUCUGUAGUCAUUUCCGUAUGUCUGGAUAUACUGUCUCUGUCCUUGAAAACCUCUUGACUACCCAUGGAACCCUGCCAAUCGGAUGAUCAUCAGCCAGGCUAAGAAGGCAACUGUUGAUCACCCUUUGGAUCCUUGGAAACCCUGGAGGCCUCUGUCCAGAUGCUGAUAAUUUGACAUGUGCAGAGCAACAGCAUACCAUGUUUACAGGCGGACUUUAUCAGAUUUCUUACCAGACAAGAGUUGGUUGCUGUUAAAGUUUUCUUGCUUUUGUCUAAUUGAUUCAUGCUGUAAAAUGGCAGCGAUAUAUUUACAACUUAACAAGUCUAGUCCAUUGUGUUUGAUAAUGUUUUUCCCAAGUUACUGCUGACAAAGUUCACUCUGCUCUGAAAUGCUUUGGAUCAUGUAUCACGUAUCACAUAUCCAAAGUAUCAGGAUUUGGACAUGAUGCAAUGAAUCCACCUUCAACAAGAUCAUUUGUAUUAAUAAUCUGUUUGUGGAUUUUUGUCAAGAAAUGUCUUUUUUCGGAUUUGAAGAUCCAGAUUUGGAUUUAAGUAAAGACAUGCACUCUUGCUAUGACCUGAUAUUGACUGUGUACAAAUUUACAAUUUCCUUGUGCAUGAUAUUGUCUUGCUUUGUUUUUUGCAAUCAAUAUUCUGCUUGUACAUUGCUGUGUCCAGAGUAGAAGAUUGAUGUGUUAAAUAUAGACACUAUGGCAGUGUGGAAGAGUAAUAUUCUUCUCAACUGCCAUAGUCUUGGCAAACUGAUGGAAGUUAACCCUUAGUUGUUGGAAUUUCAGGUCUUGCAGCAUGGAGGUCCACAUUUAUUAGAUGGGAAAACAGUAAGUCUACCUAAAAGCUUUGAACAAAGCUGUGGUUACUCAUUGUCAUUUUCAAUUGUACAUCAAGGAGGUGUUUAUCGAAAUGCCAAGAUAUUAAUAAACAAACUCUCCCACUGCUUCUCUUUUGGGAGGGUUGUGGGGUGGAGGGACAGUAAAAACGCUGAACAAUGUAGCAAGAAUCACAGAUUAGAUUGAGUUUGCAAUGUCACAUUCUGCGACAAUAAAUCUGUAUUAUUUUCAACUUAGAGGCAUUUGGUGUCCACAUACAUGUAGGGUGGAUAUGAUUUAGUGAAGAAAUUUGGUUUUUCGAUUGAUGACUUCCAUUGAAUAUUUUUGUUACUUCCCCACCAGGUUGAUCCCAAGCCAGCAGCACCUAUAAAUAAGGUUAGUGUGUAAAGAUAUUAGAAACAGGGAGUGUAAACCUCCACCAGGAGAAAAACUUUACCAAAUGAUGCACUACUAGAUGUUUUAUAGAGUUGUUAAACUAACUACAAAUUUUAUACGAAACACAACAGAUUUGUUCAGGCUGUAACCACUUGAAUGAAUGUUCAUCAACUUUCUUGAUGGGUUCUCUCUCCCACCAACAGUUUUAUAAGCAAAGUUGCUAUAUUUGCACUUGCUCUUAAUCACCACUUACCCUUUUAAACUCUAAGAGUGACCAGAAUCUAAUUUCUCCUCACAGUAGUCACUCACUAAGAUCAUGAGAAUAAAGGAAAUGAUCACCAGUCUAAGCAGCUUUGAUUAAUAAACAAACUCUCCUUGUCAGUACUAAAGGAAAUGUAUAGAGAAGAGUUUAGAGACUAUGGAUAGUGGUAUGGGGAAUCUUGUGAGCAGAGUAGAAGUUUUAUCAUUCAAAUAGAUCAAUGUAUAACACCCCCCUACAUUACAUGCCACCGCAGAGAAAUGUGUUUAACUGGGAAGGGACAAAAAUUCUUAAGUAUCCACUUUAGCUAGGAACACUAUUUCUUCUCCCUGAUGUUGUCCCCCUCCAUGGUACUCUGAUGAUAUGGGGUGAAUUUGUGUGUGAUCCUAUUAUUAUAAUUAUAGUAAUUGCAAUUGAAGCCUUCCCUAACAUAGUGAUCUUCCAUUUUCAGCCACCUCAUUUGAGAGUAAAGAAAAUUUUUGUGGGAGGACUAAAACCAGAGACCACUGAUCAACAGAUUAGAGACUAUUUUGGAUCAACUUAUGCACCGGUAAGGAUGUAGGGCGAGGAGAUUGAUCAAUUGGUCCAUCUGGCACAAGCAGACUUCUCUUUUGAGAAAUAUGACAACUUCUCCUGCCCACUUGCACAAUUGACAAGCCCAAGAUAACUUUAGUGUCAGUAACUGUAAUGGUCAGCAUUCUCCCUUAUUUUAAGCCAGACAGGCAGAAUAAAUUUUUGGACUGGUAGAGUAAUCCUUUCACCCGCUGGUUUUUCAAGAAUUUCAAGCUAUUUUAGGCAGUAAUAAGAGGUACUGCAGGUGGUAAAUUUAGUUGGUUACCACCUGAAAAGGAGAACACUGAAUAGUGCUAGCUCCUUUAGGGAUUUUGACAACAUUUCACAGAGUGAACCUGCAUCUUCAUGUAACAAGAAUGUUGCAGAUUAUUUGGCUAGCUUACUGAGAUAAUGAAAGGGUGUGGCAGGGUUGAAAGGGGGGAGGGGUGCCUUGGCUAUUUUGCACUGCAUGAGGAGAUGAUGGUGUGAGACAGAGACAAAAUUAAUGGGAGCAAUGCUGAUGUAGUCUUAAAAAGUGUCCUGCAUCAAUUCUGAAGGCAGGUUACAAUGAAGGACAGUUCCAGUUAAAACAUCUUGAAUGUUUGGGAAACUUUCACUUGCAACAAUCUUGAACUUUACACUUUAAGUUGAUUGAUUGUUUCUUGAUUUUAGGUUAGAGACAUAGAAUAUGUCACAGAACAUUUAACCCAAAAGAGACGAGGUAUGCAGUUAGAUAGUUCAAGAGCAUUGACUUAACCCUUUAACUCCCAAGAUCUGAUUGUCAAUUCUCCCCUCCAGCUGUUACACAUUUCCAUGUAAAUUAGUUUUGAGAAUUUGUUGUAAGAUCAAGGCAACUGAUUCUACCUGAUAAGUUUGAGUAUUCUCAUAACCUUUUUGCUGAAAAAUGUACAAGUAUUUUAGGACGAAGAUACAUGUCAAUCACUUCUGGGAGCUAAAUGGUCAACUCACUAACCCCUAAGAGUGACCAAUGUCUAAUUUCUACACACAGUAUCACCCCCUGAAUCAAAAAUUAAGGUCACAAGAGUAGGAAAGUAUCACUUACUAAAGAAGCUCUUGGUUGUCAAACAAAUUCUCCCUGUCAACAUGUCAGGAAAUUGUGGAGAACAUUAUGGAGAAUAUGCCUUCUGAUGUUAGGAUGUAAAGUGUUAAGUGUAUAUUUACCCAAUUGCUCCUGCUCUAAGCUAAAAACGUAAGAGUCACACGUUAUAAAAAUUGUGUUAGAGAUAAAGUUCUGGUUGCAGGAAAGACUAGAGAUUAAAUACCCCAUGUUCAAGGUAUUUGAAUUACAUGACAGGCUUUAGUACCAACAGGACAGGCUUGCUUAAAACUUGGAUAACUCAGAAAGAGACCAAAAAAGUUUUCAAAAGAAAAAGGAACAAAAAAAUUAAACAAAUUUGUAUUUGCCAUGGUAUUCCAAUAAGCAAUAGCUUAGACCACAGCAUUUUUCAUUACACUCUCAUUUGUCUAAUGUAGUAAUUUUCUUUAAUCUUUUCUUUUAGGUUUCUGUUUUGUUUCCUUUGAUUCAGAAGACACAGUAGACAAGAUUUGUGAAUUACAGUUCCAUCAUAUUGAUGGUAAUAAGGUGAGCUUGCACUGGGUAAGAAGCGUUGAUAAUGUAAAUUGUUUAGCCCAUCCCAGAGUGAAGAGUGAAUUUAUCCAUUUGUUAUUUUGUGAUUAAGGUUGAAGUAAAAAGAGCUCUUCCAAAAGAAGUUCAACAGCAGCAAGCUGCACUUCGUGCUGCAGUGGCAGGGAGAGGAAUGAUCCCAGCAAUUGGUGAGCCCAGAAUGUUUUCACCUUGAAUUAUUUGUUCUUGCAUUUGAUGGUCAAUAAUUUGGCUUUAUUCUUUUUUAUACAUUGUUUAGUGGGACAAGACUGAGCUUAGGAUAGAGUGUUGUUAAUAAAGUAAUGUCCACUCAAAUUCCACUCAGUUCCUUGCAGAAAUUUUGAAAUUUGUGUUUAUAUUAUGUGAAUUUUACUGUUCCAUUGCAGCCACAGCUUUUGGAGUUGUGCCUGGAAGAGGAAGACCAGCUGCAGGUAUAAGCAGAGGUAAGGCUUUUUACAGUGCACUGUAUGUAUACUCCAACCAACAGCACACAGCAAUCAAAGGGUCAAUAUAAUGGAGGAGUCAUUUUCUUUUCAUGACCUUGCAACAUCUUAUGGGCCAUAGAAAAAACAUGUUAUAUGUUCGCGUCCAGCUGGCUUCUCUUUUUAUCCAUACUGUUCUUUAUGCACUUCUUAUGGAACUGACUGAGAUAAUCUAGAGAAAAAUCAAGAGCCUUUUUUUGAGACCAUCUCCUUUAUUCUCAUUAGCUUAGUGUUUGAUUCAUCAGUGAUACCAUAGUGAAAGAUUAGGUGCUAGUAACCCUGAGGUUUAUCCCUUUACACCCUAACAACAGUAGGCAUAUUCUCCAUACUGUUCUCUAUACAAGUCCUUAGGAGCUGACAAGGAGAAUUGUUUAACAAUCAAUAGCCUCUAAAGUUGAUGAUCAUUUCCUUUAUUCUCAUAACCUUGAUAUUCAGGGGGGUGAUAUUAUAAGGAAAAAUAAGAUGUGAAUCACUCCUAGAGGUCAAAGGGUUAAGGGUUAAAAAAAAGCUUUGAACCUUUUUAAUCUUACUCUCCGGAAGGUUAUUUUAUCAAAUCUACGGCAAUACAUUUCAUCUCACAUUGUGGUUUUAAAUUCUGGUGUUCAAGGUCCAUUCCGUGCUGGUACGGCGGCUGGAACUGCUGGGCUUAGUCUCACAGCUGCUGCUGCUGCUUAUAACCCUACAUAUGCUGCAGCUGCCCUUUAUGGAGCACUUGGCACAGGUGCAGCCUAUGACACUGUCUACCCUACUUCCUAUGGUGGUAUACCGGGCUACCCAGGGUACUCCCCUGCAACGUUUCCCACCGCAGCCACAGGGUACCCCAGUGGGUAUGAAUUACAUCUCGGAGCCAGCAGAGAUGCACGAUAUCCAGGUAUGCAGGGAGUUCAGAGUAAAGAAGUGUUGAAUGCACAAUGA